AUGGUUAUCUCAUUAAGCCCUACAGAGGAGCAUUAUUUAAAACGAGAGCUUCUUCGUAUAGAGCUCAAUGAUGAGUUUCAAAAGCUAAAUGACAGGGAUGCAUUGAGACGGUUUGGUUAUCCCUUUAUGCGAUCUGACCCUAGAAAGCGCGACGGUAACAUAAAGGACUUGUUAGAAUCCUCCGUUGUUCGAAGGAAAGCAAAGACAUUAUCAGUGGAUAAUGAUUUGACAGUAACUGAGUUUCCAUUGUUAAGCCAUUUCCUUCAAAAUGUGGUAAUUACUUGUCCAUUAUUAUCAAAGAAGCUAGCUAAUGAUCGUUCUUUCUGGGAGAAAAAGGUACAAGUGUUCUUCGAACACUUUAUGAGCUUGCCAUUUAGUUCUAGUUAUGACAGAGAAGAGUUGACCAAACGCCGUAGAUUUGGGCUUAAGUUGUCGAAGCUAGUGCUAUUGUUUUACAAUUCUGGAAUUGGGACCACUUUGGAACCGAUGUACUAUCAGAAUGAUAGUUCUGCAAGCGUGCAGGUAUACUCUACAACAAAUGACUGUGAUACAAUAAACAGUUUUACAAUGUUCACAAAGGAGACCCUUCGAAAUAUGGUGACUAAGCAACCGGUUUAUUUUAAUGGGAUUGAUAUCAAUGUCAUCUCUGUCCUUGAUGAAGAUAAGUUAUUCAAAGACGAAGAAGAACGAGCGAAGACAGAAAACAUGACUACGACACCUUCAUGGUUUAAGUCUACCUUUAGUACAGUUCUACCUCCCAAAUUUUUACCAAAAAUGCCAUUUUAUGAUUCAGGCAAUAGUCAAAAUAAGGUGUUUUUGAUUGCAAUUAGAAAGGAAGGAAAUCAGGAUAAUAUAAAAUAUACUGCGAAAUUAUAUGAGGAUUUUAAGCGGUUGACUGUGCAACUUCAAAAGGAAUUUCCUGGUAAAAAGAUUUUGAAGUUGCCGGAUGAAAACAAAUUGAACUCAUUUAUCACAACAGAAUCGUCGGACUUACUAACACUGGGUAAGGAAGUUCCUGUGAAAGUGGGCAUUUCUUCGUCCGCCAAUACAUCUUCCUCAUCGAUUCAAAAUCCGAAUAUUUCCAGCGGUUGGAGUUCAAAUACAAAUGAAGAUACAGAAUUCGUCGAUGCAGAGGAAUCACCGCAGGAUAACGGCAAUUUUAAAAUUGUUUUAUUAGAGCAAGAGAACAUGAGGACUUCUUUGCGGCAGUUCUUGCGAUCUAUAUGCCAAGAUAAGGAAAUAUGCAAAAGUAUUUCUCUUAGACAGUUUUUAUUUAGAUCGAACUUGGAUCCUGCUAAAUUUUCUGAAGACUUAAUCCUUGAUAUCAGACAUCGGGAAUUAGUGGAUAUACACAAUUUAGAAAACCAGAUUAAGUUUCAGAAAAUGGCAUAUGAAAAAACCAUUGUCCUACAAAGCUCUUUGAAAACACUCAAGGAUUCAAUUUUGCGAGACGAAAACUACCUAUUGAAGUUGUUUCGUGAAAUUAGAGAAAAGGACAAUCCGAAUGACCUUUCAGAGCCUCUCAAAAACUUCUUUGAAUGGACGAAAAUAUAUUUGAGUGCUACAAUUUACCAAGUAUUUUUGGGUAAUGAUGACAGCUAUGAAUUUUAUAGCCAAGUUAGAAGAUUGCACAGAUUGAUGCCAUACGCAGUAAUGUCCAAAGUUGUGAAAUUUACAAAUCCAAUGGCUGUGAUGAAGGCAAUGAUCGAUCUAUUUAUGAUUCAGCCUUUUGGAGGGUAUUCAUUGUUACAAAAUAUGUUUUCAAACAUUUUGAGCGAUGAUUUAAGAGGUCAAAUAGAGGUUAUUAACGACUUGGAAGCAUUGAUAAAGAGUGACGGUGAUUCUGGUCCUGAAAUUUGCCAAGUUUUGUAUAUGUGUAUAUUUGAAAAUGAGAAUGGUGAAUACAUUAACAUGGAAAAUAUUAAUUUGCAGUCACAAUCAGAAAAUCUACCUGCAGUUUUGAUUAUUGCCAGAGAGUGCUAUAAGAAAAAAUAUUUAUCGUCAGAAGCAUUGGUAGUAUUAAAUGAAUCUUACUCUAGCUGGAGCAGGGCUAACUCUGGGGAUAUCACAAUCAAUAGUACUAACUCGUCUAUUUCUAAGAAUCCUGGUUUGUAUUUCUCCCAUGUUAAGGAAUUACUUCAACUGUAUAUUAGAGAACGCGACAAAAAGCUAAUGAGACAGUUGUGGCAAGAAUCUGAAUUGCCAACUUUAUUGAGGUCAAUUGUAACAUUAUUUUAUGAACCCCUAGUGAAAAUAUUUAAAGUUGCAAAGAUUGACGUUGCCAUGAAAAGUUUUGAAAAGUUUAUGAACGACUUGGUAGCAUUGAUGGACCACGUCAUAAGUGGUAAGGAGGGUUCCAGUACACAGGCUAACAUUGUUGAAGAUAUUCAUGAGUUGGUCAAUGCCCAUGAAGAAAUAUUCUACACUUUUGUGCAUGAUAUUUAUAUAAAUGAUACAGAAAAUAUCUUUGAAGGGUUUAUUAAAUGGGCUUGCGAUAUCACAUCAUUUCUUCAGACUAGUAAAUGGGGUGGUCCUGAGAUAAGGAUUAAUCUUGAUUUAGUUUUAAAAUCAAAUGCAAGUUCAGUAGACUAUAAUACCCUCAAAAAGCAGUUAGAGCAACUUGUUGAUCAGAAGAUGAGAGCUCGUGAAGUAUAUUCUAGGUUGGCAGCGUUGAAGGCUGAAGGAAAAGCUCAAUCAAAGGUGGAAAAUGUUGGCGAGGUAAUUGAUGCAAAUUGGAGACAGAUGAACAAUCUUGUUAUCCCAUCUGAUGUUGUUCAAUUUGGAAUUGACGACAGUGAAUUAGUAGACUUGGAUUUAGAUGUAGGUGACUUUGAGUUUUUGGAAGCAGAAGACAAACUACAGAAAAAAUAUCACGAUAUAUUGAACAGUCAGGUUGACGUCAGUGAAAUAAACAAAUUGAAUGAAACUCUGUUUAAAAAAAUUCUCAAAGAUACAUUAUCUGUAUAG